GCCCCCUGCCCCCAACCAGUCCUCAGAGCGCUCUGUCUCGCGUCCCCGCCCCGUCCUCCUGGGAGUCCCCACCUCCCCGGCCCGGCCCUGGCCCCGGCCCGACCCCUCCCCAGGCCCCCGGCGGGAUGGGGGACAACACCAGCCCCAUCAGCGUGAUUCUGGUGAGCUCGGGGAGCCGGGGCAACAAGCUGCUGUUCAGGUACCCCUUCCAGAGGAGCCAGGAGCACCCGGCUUCCCAGACAAGUAAGCCUCGUAGCAGAUAUGCUGUCAACAGCACCAGAGAGCAUGCCGAGGACCAGGACGGUGACUCCAGGUUUUCAGAUGUCAUUCUGGCAACAAUUUUGGCAACCAAGUCUGAAAUGUGUGGGCAGAAGUUUGAACUGAAGAUCGAUAACGUGCGUUUUGUUGGGCACCCGACGCUGCUGCAGCACGCACUGGGCCAGGUCUCCAAAACAGAUCCAUCCCCGAAGAGGGAGGCUCCCACCAUGAUUCUUUUUAAUGUGGUAUUUGCACUGAGGGCCAACGCUGACCCAUCGGUGAUAAACUGUCUGCACAAUCUCUCCCGCCGCAUUGCCACCGUGCUGCAGCACGAGGAGCGCCGCUGCCAGUACCUCACGCGGGAGGCCAAGCUGAUCCUGGCGCUGCAGGACGAGGUGUCUGCCAUGGCCGAUGCAAAUGAUGGGCCUCAGUCCCCAUUCCAUCACAUCCUGCCCAAGUGCAAGCUGGCCAGGGACCUCAAGGACGCUUACGACAGCCUGUGCACAUCUGGCGUGGUGCGGCUCCACGUCAACAGCUGGCUGGAGGUGAGCUUCUGCCUGCCCCAUAAGAUCCACUACGCGGCCACGAGCCUCAUACCCCCUGAGGCCAUCGAGCGGAGCCUGAAGGCCAUCCGCCCGUACCACGCCCUGCUGCUGCUCAGCGACGAGAAGUCCCUGCUGGGCGAGCUCCCGAUCGACUGUUCCCCAGCCCUGGUGCGUGUGAUCAAGACCACGUCUGCUGUGAAGAACCUGCAGCAGCUGGCCCAGGACGCAGACCUGGCCUUGUUGCAGGUUUUCCAGCUUGCAGCCCACCUGGUGUACUGGGGCAAGGCCAUCAUCAUCUACCCGCUGUGUGAGAACAACGUCUACAUGCUCUCUCCCAACGCCAGUGUGUGUCUGUACUCUCCGCUGGCUGAGCAGUUCUCACGCCAGUUUCCAUCUCACGACCUGCCGUCUGUCCUCGCCAAGUUCUCCUUGCCGGUCUCCUUGUCAGAAUUUAGGAACCCCCUGGCCCCCGCUGUGCAGGAGGCUCCUGCACUACUUCCGCGGCCGCCACCACCUGGAGGAGAUCAUGUACAACGAGAACACGCGGCGCUCCCAGCUGCUCGCGCUUGUGGACAAGUUCCGCAGUGUCCUGGUGGUGACCACCCACGAGGAUCCGGUUAUCACUGUCUUCCAGGCCCUGCUCACCUGAGCUGGGGCACUGGAGGGAGCCUCCCCGACCCCAGGCUCCUUCCCUCCCCAUGGGGCCCCUGCUCUCCACAUCCUCACCCGCCUCCAGUCCUGGAAACAGCCUCAGGGGCUCUGAGCUGAGGUGAGGUGAGGCUCGAGCUGGGAGAGCGUCCAGGACUCUUGCCUCUGAGUGAGGUUUGCAUGCUGCCCACACCAACUUGGCCCGUAUUCCUCUCAGAGCCCCCCGCCCCCUCUCCCGUGCUCCCCCGGCCUGGGCAGUCCAGAGCUUCAGGUCCCAGGGCCUGGCCUGGCCUGUAUGGCCAGCACUGGCUGCCUGCAGGCACCUUUCCCCCCAGCUUGCUGGUGCCUGGCCCAGCCCCUCCCCCCACCACAGUCCUGUGUUAGCCACCAGGAGGCCCCGGCCAAGCGGUCACCCCCGUGCCACCUGAGGCACGAGGACCUGGGCUAACGGUGUCCCGCAGCUGUCUUAGCUUCUCCUUGGCAGGGGUGUCUGCACUGGUGCUCCCCACACACGGCUGCCUCAGGCCUGAGGAGGAAGUGCGCCUGCUGGCCCCGGGUCCUCCCACAGAGACGAGCUGGCCACUGACGGGGGCUCCGGCCGAGACACAAAUGACACUGUUUUCUAUAAACACAACAUUUAUUUCAUUUUUAAACAAUUAAAAAUCCUCAUCCUG